AUGAUAAAACAUGCGUUUUUAGAAGCUGCUGAUUCGCUAUUUGCCAACUUUAGAAAUAAAGACGAGAUAGUUUCAGCUAUAAAAUCUAUACAACUUUCUGCUAAUACAGUGAUGAGACGUGUAGAAGUAAUGAGCAAUGAUAUUUUUUUACAGUUAAGAACUGACUUAGAUAACUGUGUUUAUUUUUCACUUCAACUGGAUGAAUCAACAGAUGUCGUUGACACCGCCCAGAUGACCGUGUUCGUCAGGAUGGUUUUUAGUGAUUUUACGAUUAAAGAAGAUCUUUUGAAGUUCAUUCCACUGAAAGGACACACUACUGGACAGGAGUUGUUUUCUCAUUUAAAAAAUAUUAUUUCUUCCGAGAAAAUUCCAAUAUCGAAAAUGGUAGGCUUGACAACCGAUGGCGCUCCAGCUAUGGUGGGUUGUGAUAAGGGUCUGGUGGCGUUAUGUCGUAAAGAUGAAACUUUUCCGCAAUUUCUCUGUUACCACUGCAUUAUCCAUCAGCAAGCAUUAUGUGGAAAUUUCCUGAAACUAAACAACGUUAUGAAACUGGUGGUAAAAAUUGUGAACAAGAUUAGAGCUCAAGCGUUACAAAGAAGAUUAUUCAGAACCUUGGCCGAUGAAGUUGACUGUCAAUGCGGGGACCUACUCCUUCACUCUGAAGUCCGAUGGUCAAGUAGAGGACGGGUGCUAAAACGUUUUAAUGAUGUCCUAUCUGGCAUAGUUCAAUUUUUCAAACAACGCGAUGAACCGACUCCGGAACUAGAAAAUUCAAUCUGGCUUAGAGAUUUUGGUUUUCUCGUGGACAUUACAGAGAAAUUAAACGAACUUAAUUUGCAGCUUCAGGAGAGAGACAAAGAACUAGCGGAAAUGAUUUAUGAUAUAAAAGCAUUUAUCAAAAAGCUGGAGUUUUGGGAACAAAACCUAAUUAACAGCGAUUCCAAGCAUUUUCCUAUUCUUUCAGAAAAAAUAUCUCAAAAUCCAUUAGAACCCUAUGACAACAAAUAUCAUGUAGAAAUAAUUUCUACCCUGAAGAGUAACUUCAAAAAUCGUUUUAAGGAUUUCAAUGAAAUGGCUUUAGUAGCGCAGUUUGUUGUUUCACCCUUUAUGGAAAUUGAUAUCCAACAGUUUGCAGCUUGUGUUAUGCAGAACUUUGGCGAAGACAUCGCUGCAACAGAAAUGUAA